AUGGGCCAUGGAUACCACGGCCCCAGCGCCCUGUGCAACGUGGGGCGCCGGUCCCUGACUCCGGCACUUCCACCGCGGCCGGAGUCCGAGUAUCCCAAGGAGAGGAGGAGCAGCGAUGCGGCAGCAGUGAGCCAAAUCUUGGAUACACGCGCAGCCAAGCUGACAGAGGACAGUGGCAAGGCGCGCGCACGGCCCUCCCGACCCUGGCGAAAGAGUCAGGAUGAGGUGCGAAGUGAAGUGGAAGCCGCGGAAAAGAUCUUGCUGGAAGGUGCUGCUUCUGCCGCAGCGGCGGGGAUUGACGCCAAAGCCCUGAGGGCCUUCUUUCUGGCGCAAGACACGCUGGAGGGCUCGUCCAUAAAAGGGCAGCAGCGGGAGGAGGUCCAAAUCGCCUUGGAUCAUCUGCGGCAAGCCGCCACCAACGCGGCUAUACCCGAAGAGACCAAUGGAGCCCUACAGGCGGCUUUGAAGGCCCUGUCCUCUGCAGGGCUGCAGGUGUGCACCAGUCAUCCGCGCCAGGAUGUUUGUCACCAGGUCCUGCCCGCGUUGCUGCUGGGUGGUUGGGCCGCACUGGGGAAAGACUGCGGGGAGCUGCGCAAACGCCACGUGACGCAUGUGGUUUCCAUCAUCUCGGCUGAUCAACGCCGGCUUCCUGAGUUUAUCCGUGGACAUUUACAUAUUCACUCCUUUGAUAGUGAAGAUGCUGCGCAGAAGCUCGGAGAGCGCUUUCCGGAGAUCUGUCGCUUUAUCGAUGCUGCCAGGAACGAGCCGCGCGGGGUGGUCUAUGUGCAUUGCGGCGCAGGCAUCUCGAGGGCACCCACGGCAACAGCCAGUUAUGUGAUGUGGAAGUUUGGCGUGCCUGCCGCUGUGGCCAUCCGCCUCAUUCGCGCCGCGCGGCCCUGCAUUCGUCCCAACGUGGGCUUCGCCAGGGAGCUGCGACAAUGGGAACAGCGCAUGCACGAUGUGGAGGGCUAUGCAUCAGGUGCUGGAUCCCUGAGGAUUGGCUGA